UUUUGCGCAGCUGUACGUGACGCGCGCAGCGACGAGAAAACGUCGACGCAGUUCGUGUACGCAAGUGGUUUGUUGUGUCUGAUUGAAACUUAACGUUAUUUUAUCUGGAGCUGAGGUUUAACCAGCAGAAUGGGUGAAAGGAAAGGAGUGAACAAAUACUACCCCCCGGAUUUCGAUCCAGCCAAGCAUGGCUCCAUUAACGGCUACUGGAAAACCCACCCGCUACGGGAGAGGGCCAGGAAACUGUCUCAGGGCAUUCUCAUUAUUCGAUUUGAGAUGCCUUAUAAUAUUUGGUGCGAUGGCUGUAAGAAUCACAUAGGCAUGGGGGUCCGAUACAACGCAGAGAAGAAGAAAGUUGGCACUUACUACACAACUCCAAUAUACAGGUUCAGAAUGAAGUGCCAUCUGUGUGUCAACUACAUAGAGAUGCAGACAGAUCCAGCCACCUGUGAUUAUGUCAUCGUGAGUGGAGCCGAGAGGAAAGAGGAGAGAUGGGAUAUGGCUGAGAAUGAACAGAUAUUGACUACUGAGCACAGUGAGAAGGAGAAACUCGAGACGGAUGCCAUGUAUAAAUUAGACCACGGAGGAAAAGAUAAGGAGAAGUUACGUGCCGCCAUACCGUCUCUCACUGAGCUUCAAGACUACCAGGCCAGCUGGAAAAAUGACUUUCAGCUCAACAGCACUCUCCGCAGGAAAUUCAGGAAUGAGAAGAAAGUGAUAGCGGAGGAGGAAGAGAAGGACAAUGUGGUGCGAGCAAGGACCGGUUUGUCCAUCCCUUUGGUACCAGAGAGAGAGGAGGAUAAGAAACUAGCCUCACUGCUCACCCUACAGACCCCAGACUCAUAUGAAGACAAAAAGCAAAGUAAAAGGCAACAGAUAUCGUCUAGUUCCUGGUUUAGAAGCCCCUCUUUAACAGCAGGGGGACCUGCUGGGAGUCUACUGCAGAAGUUAGGCCAACAGGGACGAGGAGCAGCCAUCGCUAAAGCACUCGGUUCUAGAACAUGCAGUUCACACGUACUGGUACGCAGAAAGUCUGAGGGAAGCAAGACUGACAACAACAGCGCUACAAACUCUGUGGCUUCCUCUCCUGACCUGACCCCAGAAACUGUGGACAGUGAAGACUUCAACAACAAAAACAAAGACAUGCCUCAACACAGAAAUGAUGUGAAUAACAUCAAGGACACAAACACUAAUUGCUCCUCUGCAGAGACACAAAAGGCAAGCACAUCUGAGAAUGUUCGGCUGGCAGAAAACGGCACUGGUUCAAUUGCUGGAAAGUCUCUGGUUGUAGACUACAGUGACUCGGAAUCUGACUCUUAACAGUGAGCUCUAACAGACCAAAAUGACACAAGUGUUUUGAUUCCAUAUGCUUCGGCUGUAUAAUGCACCCGUGUUGGUUUUCAAUCAACAAGUAUAUUAAACAUUCUCCCAUAUCAACAAAUAGGUCUCGUGUUU